AUGCCCUGCUCGUCUGAUGUUGACGGCAACCCAAGCAGGAUAGAGGAGAGGUGCGAUGAUAUUUUCGCCGAUGUAUGCGAAUUUUCGGCUCGGCAUGGCAUGGCAUGGCGUGGCGUGGUAUCUGGUAUCGAGUUAUUCCGGCCACGACGCAAGCUCGAAGCAUCUAAGCACGAUAGACCAAGAGAGCAGAUUGGCAUGACUCCAGCAAAGCGCAUGAUUUAUACCGACAUAUUGGUAUCGGAACCAGUCACCGUUGAUAACUUUUAUUUCUUGCGAAGAUGUAUUGUGCUCUUUGCCCAAAUCUUGCACCACCGUGAAAUGACCCACAGGGUCGAUAGAUCUUGCGGGAAAAAAAUUGGUUCAAUGCAUCAUCAUUAUUAUUAUGAUUCUUGGGGAAAGGCAGCCAGCAAGCUUGCUUUUAAGGUCCAGCGAAGAUCAGCAAAAAUCACAGGCCGAGCUGGAUUUUGGUAG